CCGAUUAUGUUUGUAUAAGUAUAGAAGAGAGAGUCAAGAGAAGAGAUCCUACCAUAGAAUUUCAACAGUUGUUAAGUUACAAGUCUCUGCAAAAACACACACACAGACACGUUUCUCCUCACAACCAAUCAUCGCUCUCAGCUCAGCCCAAAUUCCUCUUUUCCGUUGGGUUACUUGACGAAACCACUUUCUUGGUUUCUUCGAAUUCGCCGGCUCCAAGCACAUGUCUUGUAUGUUGGGUUGUUCUAAUGGCACUGUCGCGAUCGCGACCGCCAUGGUUUUCUCGAGCACUGCUCUGUUUCUUGCGAUGGCUCGUCAUGGGAAUCAAACCUCCAAGGCUCAUGAUCAGACUCCACGACCAAUCCUCCGUUCUUGUCUAUUUUCAGAGGAAACGAAGAAACAGAGGAGGAAGAAGAAGGUUCGCUUCGCCGAGAAUGUGAAAGAUACGAAAGGGAACGGAAAAGAGUACCGGAGGAGGGAACUCAGCAAAAUAACCGUACCGGAACCAGUUACUAAACCGGGAAAGACUAAUUCGAAUUGUAGAAUCUCCACGAUGCCAGCGAACCGGAUGGCUCUGUACAGUGGGAUUCUCAGAGAUCGAGAUCACAGAACUCAAUGUUCUUAUUGACUUUUUUUUUUUUCUUAUAUUUUCCGGUAAUACAAUAUUUCUUGGAAAUUUCAGAAAUUGUAGUAGGUGGACUUCUUCUUCUUAUUCUUUAGGAGUGGGUGGUCUUCUUAUUUUCUACUUUUCUAAUUAUUUGUUAUAAAAUCAAAAGUGACGAUGUAUAUUUGACCAGUAAAUUAGUCAGUACUCAUUAGCAGAUUGAGAAAGUGAAAGAAAAGACUUUUUGUAAAAUUUGUGUAUCACAUUGAACAUUUGAACUAUAUAAUUUAUCUG